GAAGUGAAUAUCGAAUUCGAAGCACAUUCCAUAUCAGACAAUGACUAUAAUGGGAUAAAGAAGUUACUACAGCAGUUGUUUCUAAAAGCUCCUGUUAAUACUGCUGAAUUAACUGAUAUAUUAAUACAACAGAAUCAUAUUGGAAGUAUUAUCAAGCAAGCAGAAGUCCAGGAAGACAGUAGUGAUGAUGAUGAAGAUGAUGAUGAAGUCUUUGGUUUUAUAAGCUGCUUGAACUUAACGGAAAGGAAGGGUACACAGUGUGCUGAACAAAUCAAAGAGCUGAUUCUAAGUCGAUGUGAGAAGAGCUGUGAACAGCAUGUAGUUGAACAACUGAAUAAGCUCCUAAAUGACAGUACUAAGCCUGUGGGUCUUAUACUAAGUGAAAGAUUCGUUAAUGUACCACCGCAGAUUGCUCUGCCCAUGCACCAGCAGCUUCAGUAA